AUGCUGACUCAAAACUCGAACAUCAACGCGCAACCGGACAACACCUUUGACCAACCAUUUCUUCAAACUACCAACCUCGGUCUGAUCUACUCUAUCGAGCAAAUUCCAGGCGAACAGAAUGUCUGGGCUGACAUCGUGUCUCGUUGGCGCUCUCCCGAACCCGUUCGCCUGGUGCGCCUUAUCACCCGUCAUCGCGGCUUCCAGUUUGCUUCGAUCAAGCAAGUCAUCAAGCUUCAUCGCUCCAGCCAGGUCAUCAAUCUUCAUUGGAUCCAAGCCGCGCUCUUCGUUAUCCUCCUCAUACUCUUCUUCACUAUCCGCGUCCUGCUCACCAACCUUAUGGUCACGCAGAAAUCGAUUGUCGACACCAACCGCCUGGGCGCCGUCUAUUGGUAG